GCCAAGGGAAAGGGAGCGUGCGCGCUGGAGGCCUCCGCCCUUCCGAGACGUCGCUGCGCGCGUGCGCGUCGGUUGCGUCACGCAGUGGCGGGCUCGUCUGAAUCCGGAACGGGGACGGAGGACCGGAGUGUGCGAGCGGAGGUCAGUCCGUGGGCCGCUCCUCUCGUCCUCAUCCCGUUCGCCCUCGCGGGACGUGGAAACGGCCUUUCUCCGCCAUCCCCCCUCCGAAUGGCGUCCGUCGUUGUUGGGUCACUGAAAGGCCCAGGGAGCGGGUUGAGAGUUGGGCUCGGGCUUCCCGGCCUACCUGAGAGAGAGGGAGAGACUAAGGAAUAAGGAGCUGCUCGCGAGGCCUCCUGUUCUGGCGGCCUCCGUAUGCUUUUGCCUCUGCUGUUUGCUUAUUGCGGUUUAUACGCCGCCUUUCUUCCCCGAGCAGCCCAGGGAAAGCGCAGUUAACAAAGCAAAAACACGCUGAAACGAUUUAGGCGCUCUAAAAACAGAGGCAGGGUUAAAAACAAACACGCGAAAGCAGAUACAGUUGAAAACUGUUACGUGGCAGUUCGCCAAUAAAAUGUGAAUACAAAAUGGGGGGAGGUGGGUUAAGCGCAAGCCCACUCCAAAGCGAGUGGGCGAACCUAUCCGGUGUUACAGUAGUGGUGGUAGCCUCCUGUGUGACCGUAAGGUUGUAGCAGUAAGAUGAAAUCGUGGUUUACAAAAAAAUUACAUCACUGAAGUUGCAUAACUCCAGCAUUAGGUACUUCCUGUUUUGAUAGGAGCAUUGACUGAUGUGCGCCAUGGCCAUGCAAUUGCAACGUGAGGAAGAUGAAAGUCUGGAAACAUCAACAGAGGAGGGACGCUUUGGUCCUCAGCCCAUUUCGCGGCUAGAGGUAUGUGACCAAUGGGGAACUUAAGGUUAUAAAAUGCACGCUUGUGAUUAAAUGUCUAAAGUGGCCCAAACUUUCUGUAACUGAAUCUUUAAAAUGUUGAAGUAUAAUAUUCAUUGCAAUUGCUCAUAUCAUUUUUAAUAAAAUAUACACAGGCACAGAUAUACACAGCAAUAUGUACCUCAGAGACCUGCUUUUUGCCAGUGACAGCUUUAUUAAAACUUUACUGAAAGUUGUUUAUCUGAUCAGUCUAUGAAGGAAUGAAAAUAUAGCAAUUUUAAAAUCAAUUGUAUACAACUCUAAAAUGUAAUGUUUUUAGAAGCAAUAUUUGCAUGAAGUGAGAUCGUUAACACUUAAAGCAGAACCCCAUGUGUGUCUACCGCACCUGUUGAGUUCAAUGCUACUUACUGCCAGAGAAGUACAAAAUUAUGUUAAAAUGUGAUAAGCUGCAACUGAAGUGAUUUAUUCAAGAAUCUAAUGUUUCAUACUGAAUAAUAUAUAUUGUCUUGUAUAGCAAUGUGGUAUUAAUGCAAAUGAUGUGAAGAAGUUAGAAGAAGCUGGAUUUCACACAGUUGAAGCUGUCGCCUAUGCACCAAAGAAGGAAUUGCUCAAUAUUAAAGGCAUAAGUGAAGCUAAAGCAGAUAAAAUCCUGGUAAUUAUACUUAACGCUGUUAUAUAUAUAUAUAUAUAUUGUUUUCAAGAGGCUAUGGGAAUACAAUGCUCUUUGAAAGUUUUUCAAGUAAGAGAUGAAUGAUACUUUUUCUAUGUUUUAUUAUAGUAUAGUUUGGAGUAAACAGUCUUAGCAACAAAAAGAGUGGGAGUUUUAAUAUAGGGAUGCAGGUGUUUAUUACUCAGUCUUUUGAUCUUAUCGUGUUUCUCAGGCAGAAGCAGCAAAAUUGGUACCAAUGGGAUUCACCACAGCUACAGAGUUUCACCAGCAGAGGUCAGAGAUCAUUCAAAUCACAACUGGGUCCAAAGAACUUGAUAAGCUGCUUCAAGGUAUAUAUAUUGAUUUUUUUAACAUAAUUUUAUCACACAUUAUAAAUACAAAACCAAAUGUGGAAUAGUUACUAUAGGCAUACAUAUAAAAUGCAUAUUUAAGUGUUCAUGGGCUGCCUUUCAGGGCACAGCCUUCAUAAGUUGGUGUAGAGAGCUAGCUAAUAUAUAUAAAGGUACAUUAUAAAGAUCAUAACAAACACUCAGGCAGCAGCUUAUAAAGUAAGAUAUGCACAUAGCUCACUUACAUAGCUUCAAAGUGCUAUGUAGGCUGGAUCCUUAUAGACACUUCACCUGAGAGUAUGUCCUGUUGAAAUCAAUUGAGCUUCUGAGUAAACAUGCCUCCUUAAAUACUAGGGCUAUCUGUAUCCCUGCUUCACAAAACAUUUUUAAUUUGUUCAUCAUACAUCACAUUCCAUAGCUGGGAAACCAGUUCAAAAAUAAUUUCAACAGUAACUUCACAAAGAAAUGUACAUCUAGUUGUUGAAUAGUACUAAAUACUUUUUCUUCCCAUUUUAUUAUUAAAAAGUGGCUGUUAUAUAAUUUACUUGUCAUUUAAGAACUUUAAUCUAAAUUCUGUCCUCAAGAGUUCUGUGAUACUCUGAUAUCUGCUGUUUAUAUGAUUAUUGAUAAGAAUCUGAAGUAUGUUGCAUUUCUUUCUUGUAAAGGAGGAAUAGAAACUGGGUCUAUUACAGAGAUGUUUGGGGAAUUCCGCACGGGAAAGACUCAGUUGUGUCUCACACUGGCAGUAACCUGCCAGGUAAGUGGCUUACAUAAAUACUGGACAAAAAAAUUAAACUAUCCCCCCUUGUUUCAUGCAUUUUUUAAGGAAUUGAAGUAUAAUUUGCACGAUUAGAAUGCAUGCGAUCUUGUGAUACUGAAGGCUGAGCUGGACAUUUAGCAGACCUAGAUUUGAAACUUUAGGCACCCCUGAGCUAAGGCACCCCUGCAAAGAGAUGGGAGGAAGUGCAGUCUGCAGAAAGAGAAUGCUUGAUUAACUCUUCUUAAAACGUCUGUUCACUGUGAUGUGGCAAAUGCAUCCAGCACACUUUUAGAUAAAGUAGCUAAUAGGAAUGAGGAUUAUAGGGGGGGGGGUUCCAGGGUGCAAAACAUACCCUUCCUCACUUCCUUGCAGUGUUUCCUAAUCACAGAAACUUCCAGGUCUUGAUCUUUCUUCAAAUGGAUAGUUCAGCUUUCAACUUCCAGGAUAAGCACACCCUAACACUAUUCCUAUCCCCUGGAGAUGAUACUUCUCAAAUAAGGGUUGUGGAGCAGGGCUUCUUAACCAAUUUUAAUCAGUGUGUGAGUUUACCUGGUUAAGUCUGUCCCAUAAGAUUUGUUAAAUAACUUAUUUAAGGUUGAAAAUUGACUGUUCAUAUGUUGGGUAUAUUUUUUAUUUGCAGCUUUGCCAUCCUCUAAUGUUUCCCUUAGACUUGCCUCUCAUAUGCGUUCAUCUUCUAAUAUACCUUUUUCCUCACUAUCUUUCUCACUGUCCUUGUAAAAAAAUUAAAAAAAUCUGAGCAUUGCUGGCAAAAUCACUAGUGUUUACUUUUGUCUCCCAGAUGUUCUAGAAUUGCAAACAUUUUUUUUCCCUGUUCCUGCAUGAUCCUGAGAUAAUACUUUAAUUAAACAUAUGAAGUUGUAUGCACAUUAUAGAAAGAUGCUCUUAGGUUUAAGUUUCCCAGAGAUCAAAACGUUUUUGUGACUAAUUGGAUUCCCACCCUUUUUUUGUUAGCUCCCUGUUGAUCGAGGCGGUGCUGAAGGGAAGGCCAUGUACAUUGACACAGAGGGCACAUUUCGUCCAGAGCGAUUGCUUGCUGUGGCUGAGAGGUCUGUUGUUGGAAUAAUUGGUGUUGCAUCCAGAGUUCUGUAGAAGAUUGUAUAACAAUACUGCCAUCUACUGACAGUUGAUGAAAUAAAUGCAUGGUACUCAGUAUUAAGUCCAUAGUGAUCUUGAUUUAUUGUUAAACAUUUCCCACUGAAAGUGACAUAUCAUUUGCUCGAGUCAAACCUGUUUAAUAGAUUUUUAUUCCAUUUUUUAGAUGAAUCUCCUCACAAAGGGACAAGCAUAACACUAACAAUACUAAAGCACAAUUUAAAACUUUUAUAACACCUCAGAACAUUACAAAUAGCCACUACAUUAAAACCACAGUCUACCCAGCACAGUCAUAGAAACAGAAUUAAUUAGAUUAAAUGUGAGAAUAUGCUAUUUGAAAAAGAAAACUAUUUGAAAAGUCACACAGAUUUGGCUACAUGCUUCUACAAAAAUGGACUUGGAGAAGUGAUAGUUACAUUAAUUAACAUGAUAGUUACAUUGCUUCCUGGGCAAACUUGAAAAGCUUGAAUUUUCUUUAAAGGGGAUUGAAUAAAAGUGCACAUUUGUAAGCUUGAAUGCAACAAAGAGAAAUCUGACAAAAUUAUCUCUGGUACGUCACUUGCAGAGAGCAGCAGGAAGGGUAAUAAAGAAAAGCUGUUCAAUAUACAGUGGUACCUCAGGUUACAUAUGCUUCAGGUUACAGACUCGGCUAACCCAGAAAUAGUGCUUCAGGUUAAGAACUUUGCUUCAGGAUGAGAACAGAAAUCGGGCUCUGGCGACGCGGCAGCAGCAGGAGGCCCCAUUAGCUAAAGUGGUGCUUCAGGUUAAGAACAGUUUCAGGUUAAGAAUGGACCUCCGGAACAAAUUAAGUACUUAACCUGAGGUACCACUGUAAAUGCAACGUAUAACAUGGAAGUACUUUUUUUAAAAGCAAAGUUUGCUUUAUUAAGAGUUCUUUUUAUCCAAAGUACAAUAUGGUGGAAAUGGUGUGGGGGAGAAGUAGCAAUAGAUACUCUUUGUCAAGCAAGCUUUGAUUAGAUUUAUUUAAAGGUGUCUUAUAAUGCCUCCCACUUUGUUACACAGAAUCACAUUCUCUUUUGUUUGGUUUAUUUUCUAGGUAUGGCUUAUCUGGCAGUGAUGUGCUUGAUAAUGUGGCAUAUGCACGAGGAUUUAACACAGACCAUCAGACCCAGCUUCUUUACCAAGCAUCUGCUAUGAUGACUGAAUCAAGGUAACCUCAAUAGAGGGGACUUUAUUCUUUAAGAAAGUGUAUCUACUAAGCCCAACUCCAACUGACAGAGCAGACGAAUACCAUGGUAAAGGCAAUGACCAAUUGACUUGCAACUGCACACAUCGUGGCAACCUGGAUAUGGGCAGAAGAGGGGGUGGGGUGGGCUUAUGUGACCUGCCAACACACACAGGGCUCAGGAAUGUAACCCCCAUUCAAAUUCACCAUUGCCUGUAGUAUCAGAAGCUGCUGAUUGGGGCUGAACUAAUAGUGUUGAGUAGAACUAAUAGAAUUGCACUCUCACCCUCCAGAUGCAGACCUUAGUCAUGUACCAGAGGCACUCAAGGUUGUGUUUCUAUUUUAAAACAGGGUAGGGUCCGGACUAGAAUGGGUCUAAGGCAGAGGUUUUCAACCUUUUUGAGUCCAUGGCUCCCUUGACCAACUACAUUUGUUCUGUGUCACCCCUGUGGGGCUCAGGAGCCCACUUAUAUCAACCCUUGCCUGCAGAGCUAGCAGACCCUCACCGCUUUUCAAACACCCUCUCUUGUGGAGUGUUGCCUCAGCCUCCUCUCUUGUCCCCUCUCCUUGGGAGUCCUCCGGGCAGUCACUGCUGCCCCCAAGAGAGGUGCUUCCUCAUCACUGCCCCACAGGGGCUUGGGACUUGUCUGUCCAUUCCCAACAGCAAGGGCUGGCGGACUGGCUGGCUGGGCUCCCUAGUCUGCUUGCUUACUCCGAGACCACCUCAGCUCCUGGCAACCAGCACCCCGACCAGCCCCAGAGGCACCAUUCACCUGGGGAGCUUGUAGCCAGGGCUGCUUCAACAAACAGUUGUGCAAGCCUUUGGGAGGCAGAGACGCGACAGGGCAUCAGAGGGAAGGAAAGAGGGACUGAGGCCAUUGUUACCCACAGCACCCCUGACCAUCAUUCAAGGCAUCCCAAGGUGCAGUGGCACACUGGUUGAAAACCACUGGUCUAAGAAAUCAGUUGAGGACACUCUGGAACAGCAUAGAAAGUAGUACUGGGGGCUGCAUGAGGAAAGGGGGAGAAUUGGCAAACCAAUUUUCUUCACAAAUGAAAGAAUGUGUAUUAUUCAAAAACAAGGUUAACUGGCAAACAAAACUUUUAGAAUAACUAAGAAUCAAAGCAUGGGACGCGGGUGGCGCUGUGGGUUAAACCACAGAGCCUAGGACUUGCCAAUCAGAAGGUCGGCAGUUCGAAUCCCCGCAAUGGGGUGAGCUCCCGUUGCUCGGUCCCUGCUCCUGCCAACCUAGCAGUUCGAGAACACGUCAAAGUGCAAGUAGAUAAAUAGGUACCGCUCCGGCGGGAAGGUAAACGGUGUUUCCGUGCACUGCUCUGGUUCGCCAGAAGCAGCUCAGUCAUGCUGGCCACAUGGCCCAGAAGCUGUACACCGGCUCCCUCGGCCAAUAAAGCGAGAUGAGCGCCGCAACCCCAGAGUCGGCCACGACUGGACGUAAUGGUCAGGGGUCCCUUUACCUUUAAGAACCAAAGCAGUUUCUAUUAAAUAAGAUUAUUGAAGGUAUACCUUGGUGGAGACACACGGUUAUUGAACUCCCUCUCCCUAAAAUGGAGUUUCACCAGUGUUCUCCUGCUCUGCCCCCAUUUUUCUUUGACAUAUAUAACUGCAUCUAUUUUUUAAGCUGGCUUUUAAGAUCUGAUCUGCAGUUCUUCUUAAACCUAGUGUAUUUGUUCUAUUUUUAUUGCUCUGAUUUAUUAUUAUUGUUUCCGUUUUUAACUAAAUGAUUUUUACUCUGGUUUUAUUGUAUUUUUGUUGUAAGAUGCUUUAGAUAUAAAUAGAAGAGCUGAGUUUGCAUCAAAUAAGGGUAAAUACAAAGUUAGAAAGCUGUUUUUAUGGGGGGAAUAUUUAAUAACACUUACAUUUGCUUUCUAAAUAACUAUUUUAACUAAGUGGCUCACUUGCGCAAAAAACCUCUUCUCAUGCAAAUGUGAUUCCCCUUACCCACCCCCAGUCACCACCUCACCUUUUCCAGAGGGUUGGGGGACUCAGAAGCAAAUUGCUGGGGGAGGAAGAGGAAGUCCCAAAACAUCCAUUAGUGUGGCACUGGAUCUUACAGAACUUACUGUAUUUAGUUAAAAUAGUUCUUUAGAACGUUGCCAGCUGAUUUGUCAGUAAGCCACAUUCUAAGCAGCAAAAUAGAUAACACCCCUUACUACCACUGACAAGAUGAAUUCUAAGUUGGCCAUUUCCUUCUCUCCCAAAUAUUUCAUGGAACAAUGAUACCUGUUUUACAGAAAGAAAACUACAGGUAUUGAUCCUGAUAUUGCUUAGCCAAUUACAAGAACUUGUUUCAUCUUUUAUAGUUUUAAAGUAGUAUUACCAUAAGGGAAGAUGAUGGAUUAUCAUCAGUAAGAAUUUCUGCUAAACACUAAGGUUUUAGAAUUUAGUGAAUACAAAGAGAGAAAACAGGAUGGCAUUUGAGCUUGAGUUUGUUUCAACCAAAUAUGAUUUUAGGUAAAGAUUGGUUGGUUACAGAUACAUCUUUUCUCUGACAGAUAAUUAGUUGUUCCGUUGAAUUUGCUUAAGGACAGGCCAAGCUGCACACAAAAGUAAGAUUAAUCUCUUCAAGCCAGGAGUGGAAAUCUAUUCAUAGUAAUGCCCAUCUGUUGCAUUCUUUCAGGUAUGCUUUGCUGAUAGUGGACAGUGCUACAGCCCUUUACCGGACAGAUUACUCUGGCCGUGGUGAACUGUCAGCCAGACAGAUGCAUUUGGCCAGAUUUCUACGUAUGUUGCUUCGAAUUGCAGAUGAGGUAAAUUAAUAAUCUGACCUACAUGUCAUUUUUGUUCCAGUUGCAAAGUUCAGGGCAAGUGUUUCUGGACACGCUUAUACUGGUGAAUAGGAACAGACAACUGGAAAAUAUUUUUACAUCAAAGAAAUUAAAAAUGAUCACAUGUUUUUUUUCUAUGGCAGUUUGGUGUGGCAGUAGUCAUCACGAACCAGGUGGUAGCACAAGUAGAUGGAGCUGCAAUGUUUGCUGCAGAUCCCAAGAAACCUAUUGGAGGAAAUAUCAUUGCACAUGCUUCAACAACUAGGUAAAAUGUCAAAUUAUUAGUCUCUUGUCUGCAUUACUUUUUCAGGUUAUCCUUUGACCAAGUGUGAAAUGUUUAUAUGGUUGGAGGUCUAUAUGUGGAGCUUAGUAGUUUCAUUCUUGGAGCAAGAACAGAUUUUGUUCUUCAGACAGAAUUCGAAGGUUGAUAUCAUCAUCAUUUUCAGUUUGUGCCCUAGCUCAAAGCAGCUGACAGCUUUAACAAAACGUAAGAUACAUUGAAACAUGAUGGCUUAAAGGUAUAAAGCCACAAACUAAUUCCUAAAAAUGGCCAGAUUUGUAUCAAGUGUACCUUAAAAGAACAAAAAAAAAAAUCCCGAGCUCAAGGAUAGCCAGAAUUGAGUGACUUUGUGCCAACCAGCCAUCUCAAUAGGUUUAUAGAGGACAUCAGCUGAGAACUGGUUGAUGGACAGUUAUGAUAGGAAAAUAAGGGAGGGGCACACUCUUCAAACAGUGUUGGGUCUGUUAAAUUGAUUUAUGGUGAAACUUGAUGGUAGGGAUUGUGAAUAGUAGUAGAGAUGCAGUGCAAACUAGAAGCACUGGGAGUCGUGUGCUUCCAGUAACCCUUUCUCAUCAGUAGGUGGCCUGUGUUAGUCUUUUCUCACUAUGUCUCUAAAACAGCUUUCAGAGAGCACUUUGCAGAUAUAGCCUCACCGUUAUGAAGACAGAAAAGCAGUUGCUGAGUGUGAAUGUGAUAGAAAGGCCUCACAGUUGACUUGCCAGAUGGUAUUGAUGAAGGCGUUUAUGAGAAAUUAAUAUAAACAUAAAUGCAAUUAUUACUAGGAAGUUGCUCCACCAUGCCACCUGAUGCAAGCUAGGGUGGUCCUAUGAUUUGGAAGCAAACAGGGCCACCCAAAAUGAAGGUAGUGGUUUUUGCAUUCUUGAGGCAACUCCCUAGGUAUGCAGAAGUAUAUUAGUUUGCCAACUAAAAGAAAUAUUUGUAAACAUAAACCAAUGAACAGUUUUCAGGGCCUAUAGAAUGUUAAGGGCAAUUGAAUUCUGAAAGUGACCAUUGAAAUAGAUACAAGUAAAAGAAAAAUGGAGGGAAGGAAUUGGGCUGCUUCAGCCCUUAGGACUGCAGGAGGAGAAUGUAUGUCAUGUCAUUCUUUCACUAAAAAGGGAAGCAAGGCAAAAGAACAUCUACACCCCACCCCACCAAUCUCAUUCCCCAGAACCCCUCAGCAAUAAAACACUGGUUUCAUGCUGGCUGCUAGCCUUGAACUAGUGUUCUUCAGCACAUUAUAGCGCAACAAGAGAAGGUUUCAGAAAAGUGGAGGAGAAAAAAAAGUGUCCUUUUUCCUUUUACACAUCAUGAAAGCCCCCAACCCACUACCCUAAAGCACUAUGAGGUUCCAGGCUGAAGGAGUUCUCCUGUAAGUGGCUGGAGAUGUGCUGUAACAUUCUACUGUGAAUCCCCAUUUGCUUGUCUGGGGUUGGGAGGAGCUACCUUUCAUGGUCUCCUUAACUGUCCUGUUCCAAAAUAACUUCUGAUUAAGUUAUUAUGAAGCAGGCUAGCUGACCAGGGAGCAGUGAGACACAAACUGCUGUGGAUUAUUGAAUAUGAUAAGACUGCACAGUUGGAUGUUGCGUCAUAUAUCAAUCUCUACUUGAAAGAUAAAAUUUGCAUGUUGAAUGUAACUCAGCAUUUGUACAUGCCUGCAAAUUGCCCCUCACCUAACUGCCUGUAGAAAGAAAGAAUUGUCCCCCGUUCUCUUUUCUAGCCUUAAGUUCUAGAAGACAUCAGGUUGCUUCACCCCCUCAAAGAGGAAAUAAAUAGACCUGAGUCUAUAGACCUCAAUUCCUGUUGUUCCUCUGCUCAGUUGGGGGGGGGGCGGGGGGGAGAGGAGGAAGGAAGUAGAGAACAAGGAAUCCUCACAACUCAGCAGGUGAGUUGUUAUAUUAAUAGUCGUACCUGUUUGCCUGCCUGCUUGCCUUCCCACUCAGAAAGGAAUGCUGCAACCAUUUUCAACCUGCUGUGAGAAUAAGCUCUUUGCCUCACUUACCCAUUCUCACCCCCUUAAUUCACAAUAAUUUAUCACAGGUGGGGAGAAUUAACUUGUAGAUAAUUGAUCUGGAGUCGCAUGGCUGCUAAGUAUUUUUACUUUAAAUAGAUAAACAGUUGCAAUUGAAUAAAUGCAUUAAUUUCUUCCUGCCAGGCUGUACUUGAGAAAAGGUCGGGGUGAAACUAGAAUAUGCAAAAUCUAUGAUUCGCCUUGCCUCCCUGAAGCAGAAGCCAUGUUUGCUAUUAAUCCUGAUGGAAUAGGAGAUGCUAAAGACUGAAGAAUACCAUAUUUCAAUUUGCAAGAAGAGAGUGGUCAAAAAAGGCUCUCCUUUUCAUAUGAUCCUUCAAGAUGAUUCUUCCACCAUAGCUUUAGGCUUCAGACUGCCAGAGAAAGCUUCCAUACACUAUACCUGGACUGACUACUCCUGCUGGUGUUGCUGCAACUAGUUGCAAAACAAACCUCAAGGACUGUUUGUCCUGCUGACCCACAUCUGAUGUUUGUCGGCGUGGUGGAUCCUUCCAUUGUUUAAUACAGUAAUGUGGUGAGAAACAACUUAAACAUUUACAAAAUGUGUGCAAAGCUUAUGGAUACAGAAAGUAUGAAAUACUGAACAUUUCCUGGUUAUAGUGACUGAUGCCAAAGCAGAAUGGAACAAGUAUGUUCAGUAAAGGAGAUUUGCUUAUCCUAAAAUUCAGGCAGCUGCCAGUUCAGAUUAGAGGCUUUUUAAUAAAGGCAUUAGCAGAGAACCUGUUUGAACUGAUAGCUCUACAUCUUUAGAACAGAAACUGAAAUUAACUUUUUUUAUUACUCUGUUUGCACUGCUGUAAAUUGAGAUGUUAUUUGCAUCAACCCAGAAAAGCUUGGCAUCUUUCUAUGUAACAGCGUUGCUGAGAUGUGCUCUGCAUCUUUAUCUUCUGCCUGUAAAUACUUUCUAGACAAUUUGAUUUAAUUAAAGUUAAUCAUACACAUCUAACAGUUUGG